AUGCGUAGUUUGGAACUCUUGGGACAAAGAUCCUCCAAGGUCACCAGUUCAGAAAUCAAAGGAAGAUCCUUCAUUGCAACAGAUCCCGAAUCACUCACGGUCUAUGUUGCUUUUGAAGAUGAGCAAUCCAACAUUCGGGUUGCAGCCACCAAUUUAGCUCCAGGCGAUCCCAAUGCCUUUAUAGAGCUUGGCCGUUGCCCUGCAUCAGCUAUUGUCAGCUUCACCUUUUUAGCCGACUUGCAAGUGGUUUGUCUCUGUACUUAUAAUGGCGAUAUCAUGCUCUUUAGUAAAGAGCGUUUCGAGAAUGGAGAUGAAGCAAUGGAAAUUAUGGGUUCUGUUGAUUCUGGGAUUCAUGCCAUGUGCUGGAGUCCAGACCAGGAUUUGGUUGUUCUGGUCACAGGUGAGAAGAAGGUGCUGGAAAUGACACAGGAUUUCGAUACAAUCACUGAAUUCGACCUCCAUAUUGAGGACCAAGGAGAAGGCGUGCAACACAGUGUAGGAUGGGGCAGCAAGGAGACUCAGUUCCAUGGCUCAGCAGGCAAAGAAGCAGCAAAACAAAAGGUGGAUACCAGUAAAUUCGGCACUUCAGAUGACGACGAUGCCAGACCUCGUGUUUCAUGGAGAGGCGAUGGCAGUUUCUUUGUCGUUUCAGACAUUGAUCCCAGUAGAUCAGCCCGUGUCAUUCGUAUCUUUAAUCGUGAAGGCACAUUGCAAAACACCAGCGAGCCGGUGGACAAAUUAGAGCAAGCAUUGGAUUGGAGACCUUCUGGAAACUUGAUCGUAUCUAGUCAGCGCUUGCCUCACCGUCAUGACAUUGUGUUUUUCGAGAGAAAUGGCUUGAGACAUGGCGAAUUUACACUGAGAGAGACCAAAGAUCAAACACAACGGGUUUUGGAGGUAUCUUGGAAUGCUGAUUCUACUAUUCUUGCAGUUUGGAUUGAGUCCGUCAACACAAAUGGCAAGCUACAAAAAACAGUGCAACUGUGGACAUCCAAGAAUUAUCACUGGUACAUGAAACAACACGUUGUACUCUCCGAGGACAGAGAUAUUGCUGGAUUUGCUUGGGAUGUCGAAAAUGCGCUGAUCGCUCAUGUAUUCAGUAACUCUGGCGAUUAUCAACGACUCGCUUACACAUGGGGUGUAUACACUAGCACUUCCAUUGACGAAUCUAACUCGGGAUAUGUUGCAGUGAUUGAUGGAUCUCAAUUGUUAUUGACACCCUUCAGUUACAUGAAUGUGCCUCCACCCAUGAGCUCGCUUACCGUCUCGACACAGAGUAACAUCCAAUACGUCGCUUUUGGACCACAAGCGAAUGGAUUGAAGAUUGCUGUACUCACCAAUCAAAUGAUCCAAUUGUUCGACUUACCUGAAAGAGGCCAUGGCGAUGCUCCUCUUAUUGGACAACUCGCUCUACCCGAGAUCACUGCUAGCAACGAGACCUAUGCAAAGAAUCCCAUUAGACAACUGUGUUGGAUCAGUGAAUCAAAGCUUGUGUACUGUCAAUACGACGAGGAACUGCAAACCGAUAUGCUCUGCGUCGCUUCAUUCACCUUGAGCAAUGAAGCCAUGUCUGUAUCAGCCAACCCUUUGGAUGGACAUAUUGGACGCAUCUACUACAAUGCUACAACUUUGGAUUUGAUUGUGGAAGGAGUAGACGGAUCUGUGUUCAAUAUCGAAUUAGACGAGGAUAUGCCUACUGUCAGCCGUAUUGAACAGUUCCCUGAUUUCUGCCCUUGGAUUGCCACUGCUCGUGUCGGCGCCAGCAGUGAACAGACUGAACGUGCCAUCAUUGGUUUGACCGAACGCAGCAAACUCUACAUCAAUGAUAAGCUCAUCUCUUCAGAAGCUACGUCGUUCUUCUUGCGCGGCACAUGGUUGGUGUUCUCCACUACAAGUCAUUCCGCAAGAUUCUUGGCCUUGGAUAGUGCAUCUCUACAAGACUUGAAGCUCUCAGAUGAAGCUGGUGAUGCUUACGACGAAACCUCUAGACGUCUGGAACGUGGCUCCAAGAUUGUGAUGGCUACUCAGCACAAGCCUUCGCUUGUUCUUCAAAUGCCUCGCGGUAAUCUGGAAACCAUCAGUCCUCGUGCCUUUGUUCUCGCCACUAUUCGUGAAGACUUAAAGGCUCUGAACUUUCGCUCUGCCUUUGUUGCCUGUCGUAAAAACCGCAUCGAUCUCAACAUUCUUUACGACGAUAGUCCUGAACGCUUUGUUGAGAACAUCCGUACAUUCAUCGAGCAAGUGCCUGAAGUAGAUUACCUCAACUUGUUUCUGUCCAAUCUUCGCAAUGAAGAUACACUGGUUACCAUGUAUCGUCGCGGUGGUCGCACUGCUGAUCAACUCACUGCUGCUACUGGCGUGGAAAACAAGGUGAAUAACAUCUGUGAAGCUGUCCGCAACGUCUUGAUUGAGCUUGGCCGUGAACACUAUAUCCAAUCUAUUCUGUCCACCUAUGUCAGAAGCUCGCCCCCUGAUAUUGAAUCUGCAAUGGCUCUGUUAUCUGAGCUUCGUGAAACCAACAUGGCAGCUGCUGAAGAUGCCUUAAAGUAUACCAUUUUCCUGUGUAAGGCUGCUUCGUUGUAUGAUGUCGCUUUGGGUAUGUACAAUUUCCCUCUCGUACUCAUGGUCGCUCAGCAAGCGCAAAUGGAUCCCAAAGAGUAUCUUCCCUUCUUGCAAGAAUUGAAGAAUUUUGAAAAGUACUAUCAGCGCUACAAGAUUGACGACCAUCUGAAGCGUUAUGAAAAAGCCAUCAAAAACCUCAGUAUGGCUGGUGAUCAGCACUUUGAUGAACUGCUCGAUUACAUGCAAAAGCACUCUCUUUAUCACGUGGCCAUCGAGGAAUACGCACAUAGAAAGCAACAAAAGCUGGCUAUUUUGCAAGUGUAUGCUGCUCAUCUUGAUUUCACAAGCAACUUUGAAGAAGCUGGUAUUGUCUAUACCAUGGCUGGCAACUCUGUCAAGGCACUGGAGUCCUAUCGCAUGGCUGGCUGCUGGAGAGAGGCAUUCUCUAUUGCAAAGCAAUUGAAAUACACUGAAGAGGAGAUUCACUCGUUGGCCUAUGACAUGAUUGAGUACCUGAAGGAGAAGCGUAGAUUCCAAGAUGCAGCCAUGGUUGCUCGCGAUUACGCCAAGGAUAUCGAGGAAGUCGUUGAUUGUCUGUUGAAGGGCAGUUUUUGGAAAGAGGCUGAACGCACAUCUUAUACACAUGAUCGUCCUGAUUUGAUUGAGACUCACGUCAAGCCUGGACUCGUUGAAGGAUACACACAGAUGGAUGAUGACAUUGAUGAAAUGCUGGCGCAAUUCCAUAAGCAAAGCGCACGUUUGGUCGAGCUGCGUACCAAGAAGCCAGAAGUCAAUAUUGAGAAUACCAUGGCAAACGAUGAGUCUUUGGAUAAUAUCGACAUGUUCUCAGACACAACAUCCAUGUAUAGUCAGUUCACAAGAUAUACGAAUGCAUCUUCAAGAGUGUCCUCAGUGUCCUCUCAAGGAUCAAGUAAAUCAAGAAAGACAUCUAAACUUAGAAAGAAGGAGGAACGCAAGAGAGCUCGCGGAAAGAAGGGUUCCGUGUUUGAGGAGGAAUACAUUGUCAACUCUGUCAAAAAGCUUAUAGAAAAAGCCAGUACUAUGCAAAAUGAUCUCGGUAACCUGAUUCGCGCUUUGGUUCCAUUCGAGUAUGUUGAAGAAGCAAGAGCCAUCCAAGAAAAGUUUGAAAAGUUCAUCAAGGAGCUCGAGGCAUCCAUAGCCACCGUUUUUGUGCCUUUGCAGCUCACUGUUAGCUUGUAUGCUACAUUAGAAGAAUACGAGGAGGCCAAGAACAACCCCAAGAUCAUUGAUAAACCUGUCAUUGCCAAGGUUGACUGGAAGCUUCAAUUAUUGUAA